ACCAUGAAAAUCAACGAAAAGAAUCUGUGUGUUUUUGCUUCAACUCCACCAUACGACAAAGAAGGAUUCCUCUACAAGAGGGGAGAGGUCAACAAGGCAUUCCAGAAGCGUUAUUUUGUGCUCAAGGGAAAUUUGCUGUUCUAUUUUGAGAAGAAGGGCGACAAGGAACCAUUGGGCCUUAUAAUUGUUGAAGGUUGCACAAUAGAAUUGUCCGAAGAAAGUGAUCAAUAUUGGUUUGAAAUUGCCUUCAAUGGAAAUCGUACAUAUAUUCUGCAAGCCGAAUCUCAGGAAAGUAUGGAGUCCUGGAUGAAGGCCCUAACGUGUGCCGGUUAUGAAUAUAAAAAACUAAUGGUUGAUGAAUUACAACGACAGCUGGAAGAAAUUGAAGGUUCUCGGAAUAAAAUAACAACAGAGACUGUCCAAACUUCGGCGGCAACAUUAACACCCAAACCACCACCACGCCGCACAAAUCCAUUUAAUCGCCCAGCUCCACCUAUACCCGGUGGUACUACUACAACAAAUGGCAACGAUACAAAUAUGCCAUUUAUAAAUGGCCAUUUUGGUUCUUCGUCACAACGCAAUUCCCAGUUGAGCAAUGAAACUAGUCCUGUUGCACCGCCCCGAGGUAUACCGCCAACAUCAUCACAAUUUACCACGGGUGUUACAACGACGGCUAGAAGUGAAUUUUAUGUUCCUACACAGACAACAAUACAACCUCUGCGCCAACAACAAAACCAGCAACCGGCCAUCAUCAAUAAACACCAAUCGAAUAAUGCCAAUAUAGCAUCACUGGCUGCAACAGUAUUUAAACCAUCUCUAAUUGAUCUACAAAAUCACAAUAAACCAAUUAAUUUUGAAGAUAUCCAUGAGCAGUUUCGUCAGCUGGUCAUGAAGGAUAUUCUGGCCUAUCAAGCCCAAAGGGAAGUGAAAAGAAGGCCUCUCAUUGAAUUGUAA